AUGCGAAUCAGGGGAAUCAGUGUUCGGGAUAUUCGGUUCCCCACGUCACUACGACUCGACGGAUCUGACGCGCAGCACGUGGAUCCGGAUUAUUCGUGCGCCUAUGUCGUGCUUUUCACGGACUCGGAAGCCAAGGGUUUCGGUCUUUCUUUCACGAUCGGAAGAGGGACGGAAAUAGGCAAGCUGUUCAUUGCGCCGCUUGUUCAGGCAAUCCGAUCGUUGGCCCAUCUCGUGGUCGGCCAAGAUUUCGAGGCCAUCGUCAAGGACUUUGGGGCCUUCUCGCGUCGUCUGACAAACGACUCUCAACUUCGUUGGGUCUUGCCUUCGGUUGCUCUGGAAAGCGAAAGCUCGAAGGAACUGGGCCCAGAGAAAGGAGUUCUGCAUCUUGCUGCGAGUGCUGUCGUCAAUGCUGUAUGGGACCUUUGGGGUCGCACUCAAAACAAGCCCAUCUGGAAACUCCUGACGGAUCUGACCCCAGAAGAACUUGUUUCUUGCGUGGAUUUCACCUACUUGGAAGAUGCCCUGACAAAGGAAGAAGCCUUGGAAAUCCUACGUUCGAUGGUACCAGGGAAAGAUAAAAGAGAGGAGGAGAUUCGUUCCUCUGGAUACCCUUGUUACACCACGUCUAGCGGUUGGAUAGGGUAUGACGAAGACAAGAUUCGGAACAAUCUACUCAUUUCCAUGCAAGCCGGAUUCAGCAAAUUCAAGAUCAAGGUCGGGCAGGAUUUAGAAAAGGACAAGAAAAGACUCAGGCUCGUCAGAAGCAUCAUUGGAGACAAUCGUCAACUGAUGAUUGACGCGAAUCAGGUUUGGGAGGUCGAUCAGGCCAUCAAUUGGGUCAAGGAACUGGCCGAGUUCAAGCCAGUUUGGAUUGAAGAACCAACUUCUCCUGAUGAUAUCCUCGGACACGCCAAAGUCGCGCAGGCAUUAAAAGACACUGGCAUAGGUGUCGCCACUGGAGAACAUUGCCACAACCGCGUCAUGUUCAAGCAGCUCUUCAAGUCUGGCGGGAUGCAAUAUUGCCAAAUUGAUGCUUGCCGCGUUGGCGGGAUUAAUGAGAACAUCGCCGUGAUGCUCAUGGCGAAGAAGUUUGGCGUCCCUGUGUGUCCCCAUGCAGGUGGGAUCGGGCUCUGUGAAAUGAUCCAACAUCUCGCCAUCUUCAACUUCAUUUGCAUCUCGGGCGACUUGAAGCAUUCGGUUGCCGAGUACGCUGAUCACUUGCACGAGCAUUUCAUUCAGCCCGCGAGAAUCAAGCAUGGUUGCUACAUCGUGCCUGAUGCCCCAGGAUACAGCGUAGAAAUGAUCGGAUCAUCUCUGAUCAACUAUGAAUACCCCUUGGGUCCGAAAUGGCGGGAAAUGUUCGACAAGAAGCUGUACGAGGAUCCUUCGAAACAAGUGCCGCCAUAUGUGGAACAUCGUCCAGAGACCAGAUCGUCUCAUUUCCAGCGGGAUGAUAGCCAUGCUGUCAUAAGUGCCAAGCCUCAAAUAAGAAAUGUCGCUGGAAGUGGGGCUCCUUCUGGUGAACCAGGAGAAAGUUCUGCCUCUGUUUGGACGGAACACGAAGCCCCGGAUGGCAGAAAAUAUUAUUACAACACAGUCACAAAAGCGUCAACGUGGGACAAGCCGGAUGAAAUGAAGACUCCUGCUGAAUCCUUCAUUACGCAGUGUCCAUGGAGAGAGUUCACCAGUGACAGUGGCAAAACGUACUAUCACAACGUUCUGACCAAGGAAUCGAGAUGGUCAAUGCCAGAGGAGCUGCGUCUCACGAAGGAAGCUGCGCAACGCGGAGAAAAGGCUCCGGUUUCAUUCGACGCGCCGAAUUCUGGUGGCGGUGGUGAAGCAGGAGGUGGAUCCACUUCCGCGUUGGACCAGGCCAUGGCGGCAACGUUGGCGGCGAUGACUGGUGGCCCUGGCCCUGCUGUCCCGUCUGAUGCGCCGCGACCAUUACCCGACGGUAAGCACUCUUAA